AUGGCCUUCUCUACCGAAAACGUUGUUUGCGCCAACUUUGGGAGAACACCUCCGCCGCCUCCUCCUCCUCCUGCCAACCCAUGGCCCAGGGACCCCGGUCAUGGAAACGUAGAGGAGGAACCGCGAUGGCCUGAUAUGGAGUAUACGAAGGGAAGGAGUGACGGCCAGAUUGGUGAGGAGAGAUCGAAGACUGGGGCGGUGGUCAAACCUUCAUUUCUGUACCUUGCUUUAUUUGCUUUCAUAGAUGAUCAAUUGCACGCAAACCGCGCUGUGUGCUCUGACAGGGCUUGUGCAGGCCAACAUCACACUAUGGUGUAUCCCAACAGUAUGACUCGAGACGCGAGAUGCGAAAAGAGAGAACAGUGGAAUGUGCUGCGACGAAUUGACCUCUGA